AUGCCCGUCUCCCUCGCCAGAAUCGCCGGUCACACCGCGCGGAGGCUCGCCGUCGCCUCCCGCGCCCCGGCCACGCGCAGCGCCCUCCCGCGCUACAGCAACCUCGCCCGCAGCAUCUCGACCUCGAUCCCGCGCCACUACGCCGAGCCCCUGCCCACCACCCAUCUCAUCGAGACCGAGGAGGACUACGCGACCCCCAUCAACGAGACCACCCUUCACCAGGAGGAGGCCGAUGCGAAGGGCCGCAAGAUCCGCCACUACACUGUCAACUUCGGGCCCCAGCACCCGGCCGCCCACGGCGUGUUGCGUCUGAUUCUGGAGCUCAAUGGCGAGGAGAUCAUCCGUUCCGACCCUCACGUCGGCCUGCUGCACCGUGGCACCGAGAAGCUCAUCGAGUACCGGACAUACCUGCAGGCUCUGCCCUACUUCGACCGUCUCGACUACGUUUCUAUGAUGACCAACGAGCAGUGCUACUCGCUGGCCGUCGAGAAGCUGCUGAACGUUGAGCUUCCCGAGCGCGCCAAGUACAUUCGCACCAUGUUUGGCGAGAUCACCCGGGUCCUCAACCACCUCAUGUCCGUCCUGUCACACGCCAUGGAUGUUGGUGCUCUGACGCCUUUCCUGUGGGGUUUCGAGGAGCGUGAAAAGCUGAUGGAAUUCUACGAGCGUGUCUCCGGCGCCCGUCUCCACGCUGCGUACGUCCGCCCUGGUGGUGUUUCUCAGGAUCUUCCCGUUGGCUUGCUGGACGAUAUUUACCAGUGGGCUACUCAGUUUGGCGACCGCAUCGAUGAAACCGAAGAGCUCCUGACGGACAACCGUAUCUGGAUCGGCAGAACCAAGGGCGUUGGUGUCGUCUCUGCUGCCGACGCGCUCAACUACAGUUUCACUGGUGUCAUGCUCCGUGGUUCCGGCGUGCCGUGGGAUAUCCGCAAGUCGCAGCCGUACGACGCCUACGACAAGGUCGAGUUUGACGUGCCCGUCGGCGUCAACGGCGACUGCUACGACCGCUACCUCUGCCGCAUGGAAGAAUUCAGACAGUCUCUGCGCAUCAUCCACCAAUGCCUGAAUGACAUGCCCGCCGGUCCCGUCAAGGUCGAGGACUACAAGAUCGCCCCCCCGCCGCGUGCUGCCAUGAAGGAGAACAUGGAGGCCCUCAUCCACCACUUCCUGCUCUACAGCAAGGGAUACUCGGUCCCGCCGGGCGAGACGUACAGCGCCAUUGAGGCGCCGAAGGGUGAGAUGGGUGUCUACCUCGUCAGCGACGGCAGCGAGAGGCCUUACAGGUGUAAGAUCAGAGCGCCUGGUUUCGCCCACCUGGGCGGGUUCGACCAGAUCGCAAGAGGUCACUUGUUGGCUGAUGCCGUGGCUAUCAUUGGUACGAUGGAUCUUGUGUUUGGUGAGGUCGACAGGUAA